ACUAAUUUUAUAAUUAGCAAUGAACUAUUAUUAUGCAUUAAUAUAUAUAUAUUAAGUUAUCGUUUAUAUAAUGAAAAUUUUAAACAUUUAUCCUAUUUUUAUUUACUUUAUAAUAAUAAUCAUCAUGUUAAAUACUAUUAUUAUAUUGAACUAAAAUAUGGUAAAUAUAAAAUUUAUGUUAAAGGUAUAAUACGAUGACAGAACGGUUUAACAUUAACAAACUAUAUAAUACAUGCCUAAACAUUAACAUUUAUUUGACUUUGUAUAUACAAUAAUAUAUUAUCUAAAAUAAAUAAGCGUAAAAAUAUUGGUAAACAUAAAUUCAUCUUUAAAGGGCGGGUUAUAAUUAAACAUAAAUUAAAUAUAAAAUAAUUUUUAAAUAUGUUUUUUCAUGCAUAUAUUAAUUUUUUUAAUAACUAAAUGCAUAUACAAUAAGAUAAAUAUAUAAUAAAAAGUGAUAACUACAUGUGAAGGUUUUAAAUAAUUGAUUAUUUAUAAUAUGUAAAUUAUAAAAUUAUUGUAUUUAAAACAAUUAUAUAAGUAUAUAAUUAGCGUUAAAAAUAUAUACAUAUAAUGAUCUAAAAAAAAUAUCUAUAUAUACAAAAUUGAAAAAAAAUACUCGCGGAUCAAGAUCUAGUUAUCAUAGUUAACUUACAAUGGCGACUAUAUAAUAUGAAUACUAAGGCGGAAUGUUCAGAUAUAGACACUGAAUUAUACUAUGGUAUCCGCCUGAAAAAACAUUGGCUUUAAGUUUUCAAAACAUAUGUAUACGUAAUUGAUGGAUCAUAAAAUAGUGAAUAUUGCUCUGCCCCUACACUUUUAUUGUAACUACCGACAUAAUUGUUCUUACCAUUGGACAAAGGAAACAUCUAAAUUUCUCGUUUUUUUUUUUUUGUGUUUUCUCCUUUGAUUCAGUUUAAAUAAAUAAUAACAAAAAAUGAUAAGUGAAAAUUUAAAACUCAAAAGGUGAGAAAGGGGAGAUGAACAGAACUUACAUCACUGUUAAGGUCGUUAUCACUGUUUAACGGUAUUGUCAAAAAGGUCAUUCGAUGUAGUACCUCUUCGUCCUUUCCCACAUUUUCCGCGUUAUUUGACCUUUUCAAACCUAAUUUGUUUUUUGUAAUUAUAUCCAAUAAACAAAUUAAUCACGAUCGAUUGGAUAGCAAAUAGAACCCCUCUAAAACUGAUGUUAGUCAGAUGUUAACCAGAUACAUGCAUCUUAAUUAUAUAUAUGAAUGGUUGCUCAAAAAAAAAUUAUAUAUGAAUGACGAGUAAACAAAAUUUGUUUAAAAAAACUGUCUAUUUUUUUUCUUUAUUCUAUGCGUAAAUUUUACUAGUUCACUUGUUUAAUAAAAUAAAUGUUGACAUUAACAAAAAAUCAAAAUUUCGAUUAGAAUUGCUUAUAAACAAAUUUAACGAUGAUAAUUUUAAAAACAAGGAUGUGUUAUAUACAUUGUGCUGGGCUACAAAACAGAAGUCGUAAAUUAUUAAUGAUUUAUGGGGUCGCAUAAGGGUCCAAAUAAUUAGGCCCAUUCACUCGCGUAAUUUCAAAUGCAAAUAAGGAAAUAAAAAAAGGCCGUACCGACGCGGUGAGCACUCAACAACUUUUAUGGGUCUCGGUCUCGCAGCUAAAGCCACCAAGUAGCGAAAUACUAGUAGGAGAUACACAAACGAUCAAAGCCCACUGGCCAAAAUUGUGUUAGCAUCGUUUAAUAAACUUUAAAGCAAUAUUAAUUGUUUGUUCGUCCGUCGAGACCCCCACUGCUUCCACAGGCAACUACGAAUUUGAACUCGGAUUAAGGAGUUUACUUUUUUUUUUCUUACAAAGUGGAAGUUGAGAAUAUAAAUUAAACAAACAUCAUGAAUGCUUUAUAUAGUAUCCCAAUCAAUUUGUUUUCUGUCAAUUAAGAUAAGAAACACGAUUUAUAGCACUACGUUAAUAAGAGAUAAUAAAUAUAUUCUUACAUGACUGGGUCAAUAAAUAAAACAAGAAAAGAGGAUGAAACAAAAACCCGUUUCAUAUAAUAUAACCAAGUAAAUAAACCCGUUAAAUAUUAAAUAUUUUAAAAGUUAAAGAGUGGAGACGUGAAGUAUCCCAAGAAAGAGGCAGAGCGAAGGAAAGGAAGCAGAGCACAUGGGAGCAGUGGAGCUAGUUGGAGGAGCUUCAGGUCAUAUAUUUAUAUUUUGUUUAUAUGAUAACUCAAAAACAUUCAAUAAUUUCUGCAAGAAAAGCAUAUUGCCAAAGAGGAUAGAUAGAGAUAGAUAGGUGUUAAUACUCUUUUCAAAUCUUCCCAAUACAAGCAUGUGAAAGACCUUGUUGUAGGACAGGUCUGUAGCACUAUGUUGUAGGACCCAUUCUUAAAUUUAUAUUUAAAAUACUAUAAUAUAAUAUAAUGUACCAUAUACUAACAAAUAAAGGAAUAAUAUUAGUUUAAUUGUUUGAUACUGCGAAAGCCACCACACAGAUAUGACAAUUGGGAAACACUAGUGGUGGGUCUCUCUAUCUUUCAGAAUUUCACAUCUACCUUGGAUACUCACAAAAAAAAAAACUCUUGCCAACAAAAUAUAGUAGAGUGAAAGAAAGAGCAUCUACAUCAUCAUUUUGCCAAUCAACAUUUAUAAUAACGCAUAAAUAUUCUUACAGUAUAUUUACAGAAAAUAUAUGUAUACUAUCUGAUCUAUUUUGGUAGCUUUUCUUAUGUAAUCCAAAUUAGUCUGAUCCAAAUUGAAAAGUUUGACAUCUUAUCUAAAAACUAAAACAAUAUGUAUACAUAUAUAUAUAUAUAUAUAUAUAUAUGAUAUAUCAGUGGUCUUGUGUAAAUCAAAAUCAGUUGAAUAAUUAAUUCUUAACCUAAAUCCAUUUAUAGCAGACUCAGUUGUAUUUGAACAUAAAACUUGUGUUUCUUUCUUAGCCAAAUCCGGCUUAGAACAUCUCCAAAAAAAACACUUAAUUAUGAAAUUUUCAAAACUUUAUAUUUAAAGUUCAAAAGUGUUUUUUUUUUCCAAAAGCAAAACUUCAAAACUAUUUGUAUUUUAUCUUAUGGUCCUUAUAUUUAUCAUAAUUAAAUUUAAAUUCAUUAAAGUUUAUAAAUAACUAAGCACAUAUAUAAAAAUAUUACAGCAGUAUUAACUAAUAAAAUGUUUUAUUAAAAUACAAAUUUUAAAUAUAAAUAACAUAAUUAAUAUUAAACUUCAUGAAAAUACCAUAUUAUUCCAUAAAACUAUUUUCGUAAUGCAUAUAUGAUCAAUUAGUAUAUUUCUAAGUAAAAAAUGACUCUCAAUAUUUUUCUUAAUUUGUAGAUCACAAACUAAAAAUUAUUGAAAUUAGGUGAUCUUAAACUUGUAAAUAUAUUAGAUCUGAACAAGAAAGUAAAAGAGGAAAAUAAAUAUUGCUAAAAGACUUAACUUCUAUCAAUGAUAUCACAACUCAGUGAAUAUAUUCGAUCUAAUAAAAAGGAAUCGUACGAAAUAGACAUCAAAACAACAACCAUCUUCGGUUACACAAAAUUUGUUUAGACAAUGUUUUGGAGAUUAUGGAGGUUCUGGAUCAAAUUUACAUGACUACUAGUGUUGUAAUAUUUAAAAUGUGUAUUAGUUAUGUUUUCAUGUAAUUUUUGAAAAGAUUCAUUGUUGUGAAGUUUUUUUUGUAUUGGUGUUGUCUAAAUCUAGUUUUAAAAUAUUUUAAAUUUUAUUUUAAAAUAUUAUUUAAUUUUAUGUGUAAAACUUAAAUUUAUAAAAAAGAAUUGAAACUUUUAUGAGAUAUGAAAUUUUUUAGGAUCAAUACGAUAAGCGAGAAAAUAUUUAAAAAUAAUAAACGUGAUGUAUAAUUGUAAGGACCAAAAUACAAAUAAAAAUAUGAAACUUCAAAUUUGAAUUUUUGAGAAAUGAAACUUCAAAUAUAGAGUUUCACUUCUCAAAAUUUCAAAUUUGAAGUUUUAACUCUUCUUUUCGGAGAGCAAAAAACUUCAUAUUUGAAGUAAUAGAGUAUCUUUUAGGGAUGCUCUUAAAAGCUCAUAUUUUUAUGAGUUAGAAUGAGACUUUUAAAGAGCGUUUAAGUAACGACUAAAAAAGUAUUAUACAAAGAGAUUUCUAAAAAGUAAUAUACUUAUUUUGAUCCAAAUUUUAUAAACAUAGUUUAGUUUUCACAUUUUAUAACUCGCAUAUUUGAAAUGCUGUAUGUAUUUAUUUUUCGAUAAUUUAAUUAGUUAUAUUUAUUACCUUGAAUCUAAAAUAAAGACUAUACGUUUGGUUAUGUUAGGAAAUACGUUGGUCGGUGCGUCGUGUGAAAGCAUGUACCUGGCGAGAUGAAGAACACAUGUGUGUUUAAGCUGUACUGUGGAAUGUUCUUCAGAAACCAAUGAGUGUGCCGGUUGUAAAAAAAUUCAGUCAUAUUAAGAAAAUUAAUAUAUGUAAGCAAUAGUACGUAAAAACUAAUAAUAAAUUUGAAAAAUUCAAGAAUAUACAACCGGUGAUCUACGCACUAGCAAACAUUAUAAAACAGACUACUACAGUUAGAUAUUCUCCAAAAAAAUAAAGUUGGAUAUUUGGGGAGUAGAGUAUAAUUUAUAAAUAUUGAUUACACCUGAAAAAUUAAAAUCCAUGCCUGAUGUACAAUCUAACAAUACUAGUGGAUGACAAUCUUUCUAAUGCUACGCCUAUAUUCAAGGAUUGAAACUAAUGUGUGUCAUAAAUUUCUUAAGGUUCCAACGUACAUUGAUUAUUUUCAUGAUUUCAAUUUAUUUAGUUAGAUUCUUCAAACUACUCAUUCCGUUCCCAAAUGUAAAAUUUUCUAAAAUUUCACGAUUAUUAAGAAUAUAAUAAAUGUUUACAAUUUAAUUUAUAAUUUAUUUUUCAAUACACUUUUCAAUAACUAUUUACCAAUAAAAAUUAAUCAAUUCAAAUAUUCACAAUUAAUAUUUUUUAAAAAUAUACAAAAUACUUUAAAAAUAUAAAAAAUCUAUUUUUGUGAAACAAGAAUAAAUUCUAAAAAAUUUUAUUUUCGGGAAUGAAGAGAGUAAUAUUUAGACGAAACUCAAGAUCUAACAGUGAUUAUCAGCGUAGUAAUUAGGUGAUAAAAUAAUUAAUACAAUUGAUAAAUGUUAAAUCAAUGUAUUAGUAUGGUUCUGUAGUUGUAUAUAUGUAUAAGCUAAGCUGUAUGUUAACAGCAAAAGAAUAACACAAUAUAUAUACACAUGUAUGUGCGAUAUGUCAAAGAUCCAUGUGGUAUUUAAUAUUUCAAAUUUAAAUUUCCCAAGUGUCCUAUACAAGUUAAAUCAAAAGAAAGAUCAGCAUAUGCCCUAAAGCUUAAAUGGUAUAAAAGGUGGGUCCUAUAUACAAACCUCUCAUGAACUGAUCUCUUCAUUCUUCUCGCUAAAUUCUCUCUCAUAAGAAAACUUCAAGAUCUUGUGUUCCUGACCUAAAUUACUAAGAUUGAUCAGCUCGCAAUUCUUAAUCAGUGGUCGGUUUUGCGUGUGUGUAUACACACAUUUAUAUGUAUAUGUAUGAGGAGGAAAGGAACAAUAUUGCUAAUAAUCAAGAAAGACUGAGAUUGGAGAUGGCCUUUCCACAGCAUGGAUUCAUGUUUCAGCAACUCCAUGAAGACAAUACUCAUCACUUACCUUCCCCUACCUCUCUCCCUUCUUGCCCUCCACACCUCUUCUAUGGAGGAGGAAACUACAUGAUGAACAGAUCGAUGUCGUUCACGGGAGUAUCAGAUCACCAUCAUCUAACUCAAAAAAGUCCGACCACGACGAACAUGCAUGAUCAGGACCAGGUGGGCGAGGAAGACAAUCUAUCAGAUGAUGGGUCCCAUAUGAUUUUAGGAGAGAAGAAGAAGAGGCUCAGUUUAGAGCAAGUUAUGGCAUUAGAGAAGAGCUUCGAGCUAGGGAACAAGCUAGAGCCAGAGAGGAAGAUGCAGCUUGCUAAGGCUUUAGGGUUGCAGCCUAGGCAGAUUGCGAUAUGGUUCCAGAACAGGAGAGCUAGGUGGAAGACAAAGCAGCUCGAAAGAGACUACGAUUCUCUGAAGAAACAGUUCGAUGUUUUGAAAUCGGACAAUGAUUCUCUUCUAGCCAACAACAAGAAACUCCACGCUGAGUUAGUGGCAUUGAAGAAACAAGACCGUCAAGAAUCAGCAAAGAUCAAGAGAGAAAUAGCAGAAGCGUCAUGGAGCAACAAUGAAAGCACAGAAAAUGAUAAUAACAAUUCAGAUAUAAAUCAUGUGAACAUGAUCAAAGAUCUUUUCCCUUCUUCAAUCCGAUCCGCAACUACGACCACGACCUCGGCCCAUAUUGAUCAUCAGAUGGUUCAAGAUCAAGGAUUCUGCAAUAUGUUCAGUAGUAUUGAUGAAACGACGUCGGGUAGUUAUUGGACAUGGCCUGACCAGCAGCAGCAACAUCACAAUCAUCAUCAUCAUUUCAACUGAUUCUAUUGUACUCCAAGAGGAACAUCAUAAUCCUGAUCAACAUCAUCAUCAUACUCAUCUUGAUAUCAUUAUCAUCUUCAAAAGAAAUUUCAUAGAUUUUCUUAAUUGUGUAUGUUAAAAUAACUUGGUACUGUUUCAAUUUAAAUUACGUCGGUUCUUUACCUUUUUCUGCUCUUUCUUUUGGGUUUGUAGAAAAUUGGGGUAUAGGGAAUAUUCAACACAAUUUUACAAUGAUAAUUUCUUGUUCCUUUAAUUGGAAUAAAUAAAAUUUCUUUCUUCCGAAAUAUUUUAUCAACUACUAUAUGUAAUGUGUGUAUAUAUUAAUUAGAGAUUUUCGUUAGUAAUGAUUAAAGUUUUUUUUUUCUCGAUGGUUAAUUAUGCUCUAUGAGAAAUAUUACAAGACGAUUCUACAGUCGACAAUUAUAUCUGCUUUAUGAGGAUUCACACCUGACUGCAUCAUCCUGAGCCGUCCUAUGAGAUCCAUAUCUGACGGUACAUCUUGCGCCAUACCGAAGAUCUCUUGUAUGUUUUUCUCUAUAAAUCUGCUUAAUUCGUCUUUGCUGAGAUUCGAAACCCAGACCUCCUGAUGUAGAAGCAUUAAUGAACCCUUUAAGAGGGCUUCCAGCCUUCCACUAAUGAUUAAAGUUCAUUGCUAUGUUAUUGUGAUGGAUAGCGACGAUUAUGUUUUACUAAUAGCUUCAAGUUAAUUUGUUUGACAAAAAGGCUUUGUCGAUCGCAUAACAUCUUUUUAUCCUCUAAUUUUGCUAAGAUUUUUUUUUUGUCGAAGUGGAUGUGUCAAACGAAAAUGAUUUUCUUCUUAUUUCUUUCUAUAAGUAUAGCAAACAUAUACAUGAAAUAAAAAAAAAUAUUUUGCUAGGUUGGAAUACAUAGCUAAAAAAUAAAAAUUAAAACAUGAUAAAUUGCAUAUGCAUGUUUGACAAGAAGAUUUGAUACAAAAAUAAAAACUUCAGAUCCAUGUGCCUUUGAGUGGGAAUCCAGCUCUGUUAUUGACACAACAUGAGCCAUGAUAUAUAUAUAUAUAUAUAUAUAUAUAUAUAUAUACAUAUACAUGCAUUUCCAUGAUUCCAUCUACCUUUUAAUUUUUUUUUUUGAAGUAAUCGCGCGUGUGCUACUGCUCGUGUAUUCUUUUAUCAGAUAUAUAAAGUAAUAUUGAAGAGAUUUGUAGAACAAGAUAGAUUUGUGUCUGAAAGACUUUAUUGAAACAUAAACUAGGAUUAGCUCAAAGGAGCUUUAUUGAAAAGUAAAGAACAAGAAAGGAACAAGCUUGAUGUUUGUCUUCAAGAACUAAAUGAACCUUUUGAUAUCAUAAAUAGAGUUUGAAGUAGGCUGCUUGAAACGCAGCCAAAGUUGCAUUGCCAUAAUGAUACUAGACAUAUUUAUACCAAAUCUAACUUGCUAAAACCCUAAACACUUAGUCUAACAGGCUUGGUUGUUCUUCUUGGGCUUGGGCUCUUAUACUCCCCUGCAAACUUAGCGUGGAUGGAGCAGCAACGGAGCAGCAACGCAAAGUUUGAAAGCACAGAUGAAGAUGACUUGAAAUGACCAGUAGGAUGCUUUUGAUGUAGGCAAAGGGCUCUUGUUCUUCUGGAAAACAAACUAAGUGUGAGAUCUAUUCAGGCCUAUACUUGGAGAGUAUUACAUGGCUUCACUCAGAGGUUUCUCUUGAACUUGGAGAGCUUAGUUGAUCUCACUCAGAGGUAUAACUAUGGCAUAUUUGUCUCACUAUGAAUCUAGGUUUCCUUUACCCAUUUCAUUCUUCUAAUGUGUCUCAUGAAGAACUCUCUUUCCACACCUACCAAAUAAAACUAUACUCAAUCUCUGCUUCCCAUCAGUAUACUGCUAAAAAACUCUGCCUCUAAACAAUCUGACAGUGUCGUUGGCAUUUUACCGAGCAGCUUGCGUGCAUUAGCAUUAAAGCCAGAGACUUGCAUCCAAGACCACACGUAACAAACCCAAACAAGCCUUUCUCAAUCAACUUGUGUGUUCUAAAACCCAUCUUAACCAGAAUCUAAACCAGUACACGACAUAUAAUUUUCUCAUCCACUGUUCUGUCUCAAUUAAAGAAACAGAGAUAAUACCGUGUAGAAGUGGUGAGGAAGCUGAAUAAGUCUUCAUUCUUCUCUGACCAGUUUGAGACCUGUCUGAAACUUCAACUAGAAAAAGCCCGAUAAACCCCAUGAACCACCGUGGUCUCUGUCUCGAACUUCUCCCUCUUCAUAUGGGCAAGCGCUUGACUGGUUCUGUUUCUCAAUGACAGAGUCACAGCUGCAGCAGGUCUUUAGCAGGGCUUGGUGAAGACAGUGUUGAAAGGCUUAGUCGUGGUCGCAGGUUUUUUUUUUUUUUUUUUUUUUAAAGUUUGGAGCUUUACAAGCUUGAGCUGAAGCUGGA